AUGGCUGACAUCGAUCAGGUGGAGGAUGAAGACUCAGAGGAGGAAUCCAGACACCCCAGACAACGCCGAAGCCGCGAAGAGUCCCACGAUGAUAACGAAUCCGAGGACGACGCUGUAGACGCGGCUGUUAGUGCAGAAGAUCAGCUCGCAAAGAAGCUUGUGCGCUAUGCCCUGGCUUGCGAGUUCUCACGGACACCAAUCCGUCGAGAUGGAAUCAAGGAGCGGGUUCUUGGAGACCAAGGUAGAGCCUUCAGGAAAGUCUUCGAAAUGGCCCAACUGCAGCUUCGCACCGUUUGGGGCAUGGAGCUGCAGGAACUCGCCGUUAGGGAAAAGUUCACAAUGGCAGAGAAGCGCCAAGGCAAGUUCGGGGGAGACUUUGAAGCUUCCGGCGUCUUCGUCCUCUCUACGACCCUCCCUGCCACCUACCGCACUCCCGCCAUCAUCGCCCCCUCGAAAGCGCCUUCCAUUGAAACCGAGGCCUCGUACAUAGGCUUUUACACCAUGAUUAUAACGAUCAUCCUUGCCAGCGGGGGGGAGCUGUCGGAACAGAAGCUGCGGCGACAUCUUAACCGCCUCAACGCUGAAGCCAACGUCGCAUCGGAGAAGACGGAAGACGUGCUGAAGCGGAUGCAGGCACAGGGAUACGUUGUGCGAAAAGUGCAGAAGAACGCGGCGACGCAGGCGCAGGACGGAAGCGAGGACAUCACUUGGCUUGUCGGCCCACGCGGGCUCGAGGAGGUCGGCAUCGGUGGGGCCGCCGGCCUGGUGCGUGCCGUCUACGGCGAGCAGGCGGAUGCAGAUCUUGAGAAGAAGAUAACGGCGACUUUCGGGAUUUCAUCGGCUACUGAUGGAGAGGGUGACGUGGAUAUGUCGCAGGCUCCGGAGGCUGGUCCAUCGUACUGA